AUAUUUCGGGUUUCUGUAGCGCGAAGUGACUGCAGUCGUAAAUAGAAGUGUUAGAUCUGUAAGGUAACACUACUAGAUGGCUUGUCCUUUUCUCCCGCUGAAUGUCUUGCCAGCAAAUUUGUUCCUGAAAGAAUGUUCAUGCGAAGAACAACAUUCUGAACCUUGGAGAAGUAGACGUCUUAAACCAAAGUGACAAUCUUUGGUAUAUGACAUUUUCAGAGUUAGAUUGUGAAGCUCGCGUAAUGAUUCAUUCGUUGGUGAGCGUUCCAACCACUGUUUUCUUUUGUAAAAGCAUUGGUACUCCAAACUUUCUGUUUGGGAUGUUAGAACAUUGUAGAUUUAUAUCUCUCCCCCUGGAGAAUUUAUUCAUUUUUCAUUGAUGUAUAUUAAUUCAUGUUUUAAAACAGAUUCCAAAGGAAACCCGCGCAGCAUGACAAACUCAAAAGGAAGAAAGCGUCAAGUGAACGGCAAAGAACUCAGCGCAGCUCUGAAAACAAACGACGCGUUAUUUGUGGAUUUUAUCAAUCGCUGCCUCGAUUGGGAUCCAGCAACUCGUCUGACUCCUGAUGAAGCCUUCCACCACGAGUGGAUACAGGAGGGACGCCAAAGACAUCGUGGGACAUCCCGCUUAACGUCCCGACACCAGGCUUCUGCGGAUGCGCACAACUCUUCGGAGACGAUAUCCAAAGGAAGUACCACAAUUAUAGCGGAACCCAGCAAAGCGCAUGUUGAGGGCGGCUGGACCAAACGAAGCGCGCGAACGCGGGAAAGAUUGCAGCCAAUAGGAGCUGACGCCACGCACACUGCGCCACACGACAACAACAACAAUGUUACCAAACAACAGCCGGAGACUGGGACUGAGCCCAAGGGGACAGUGGCACCGACUGCCAAGACGAUUUCGUCCGGGGUAGUGAAAGAGAAGGAUAUUGCAGAAGAGAGAACUACGGAGGAAGUGACUGUCACGGAGGGAGGACAGUUCUUGCCUCCGAUCAAAUGAUUCAAUGGAUUUAAAGCGUUUUUAUGGGGUAUGAAGCUGAAAUUCAGUUUAAAAUUAUGAUGUAAACGCGCCACAUUCGAUCUAUCAGAAUUCAAUAUUGGUUCACAAGUCACAAAUCUCCAUUGCCGGCGUUCAAACAAUGAUAGCUCUUACUUCAUAAGUCAUGCUAUAAGCUUUUUCAUACACAAGGUGAAGACAAUUUCCAAUGUGUGAUUCAAUUUUUUUACAUACUAUAAUUUUUCUGUGUAAAAAUCUGUGACCUUUUUACUGUUCAUAGCAUACUGAGCUAUGCACCCUUAACAGUUUAAAUCUAGAGUCUAUGCAAUAUCAGAUUUACAGGUGAUGUUCUCAGAAUCGAUAUACGAUUUUGAUAUUUUGAAUGUGCUGUCGACACUGAUGGUUUUUAUUUCAUAGAAGUAUUUAAUUUUACAUGUAUUUCUAUUCGAACAUGAUAUGUUCAGAUUGUAAAAAGAAAAAUCGACAUUUGUAAAUUAAUCCUCGUUGUGAUAAAAUAUUCCGCAUGAAACAUUUUCUCGCCUUCGACAUAAAAAUUAAAUCGUUGGCAACUCGCCAGCAGGUUAGAAAUCUAACAGAAUCUAAGUUCAUGUACAGAAAAGUUUUACAAUGAAAUAAGCGGUAUUGGUAUUCUAUUUUUACGGCUCAAAUUCCUAGCAGAUUCUUACAGUCAAGGGUUUUUGAAAAUUGUGUCAAAGUAGGCAAAAAAAUAAUUUGCAGUUUUCGUAACCAGAGAAGAGGAUAAAACAUUCGGAUAAAUUUUAUGGUCGGUAGCACGCCGACACGAGCAUAUUGUUUGACGUUUGGCGAAGAGUGCGUUAUUUUUUACGAAACUGACUUUGAAUUUAAGAGUGAAAAAAAAUUGUGAAUUUAAUUUUAAUAUAUGAGUGUUUUGGUUAUUUAUUUUACUAAUUCCUUGAGAGGUGUUUUAAUAUAUUUCAUGAAUUGUUUUUAAAUAUUUUUAUACAGCAUUUAAUGACAGAAAGAAAAUACGAGUGAAUAUUAAGGAGUGAAACCAACGCAGUUUGCAGUCGAAAACACGGUUAUUUUCUAGCCCGGAGAAAACAUCAAAAUGUUUAGGGUUGAAUUGAGAUGUAUUUAAGUGAAUAGGAUCUUCUGGAAAUGAAAUAGCGAAAAUUUCUUGUUGAACUUUCAAGCUCCAAAUGUGAUCAACCAGUCGGUUCUCCCAAUAAUAUCAAAACGAGAUUAAACAGGCAAGUAGGGAGAAUUGAACAAAACGAAGGAUCAUAACAUUUCUCUGACAUUAACAUUUAAACGAAAUCUAAUAAGAAAUGCAAAACAGUAAAAUAGCAUGUUGAUAGUGGAGCUUGAAAGAUUAACAACUACAAACUAAUUCAAAAUUUAUUUAUAAACCGACAGUUAUUUAAUAUUAAGAUUAUAUUUAAACUACGCCAAUGGUUUCCAUGGUUACUUGUGCAUAUGACCCUUUUCAGCGACCAUAUGAAUCUUCUAGUUGUAACAAUUUUCACAACAGACUUUGCAGUGAAAGUUUUUCUAAGGAAAUAAUGUCCUGUCUCAGACAGGAUGAGAUUAAACUGUUAAUAACCGCG